AUGAGUCACUGCAGCAGCCGCGCCCUGACCCUGCUGAGCAGCGUGUUCGGGGCCUGCGGCCUGCUGCUGGUGGGCAUCGCGGUCAGCACCGACUACUGGCUCUACAUGGAGGAGGGCACGGUGCUGCCGCAGAACCAGACCACCGAGGUCAAGAUGGCCCUGCACGCCGGCCUCUGGCGCGUCUGCUUCUUCGCAGGUCGGGAGAAGGGUCGCUGCGUGGCCUCGGAAUAUUUCCUCGAACCCGAGAUCAACUUGGUGACGGAAAACACGGAGAAUAUUCUGAAGACCGUGCGCACAGCCACCCCCUUCCCCAUGGUCAGCCUCUUCCUCGUGUUCACCGCCUUCGUCAUCAGCAACAUCGGCCACAUCCGCCCCCAGAGGACCAUCCUGGCCUUCGUGUCUGGCAUCUUCUUCAUCCUAUCGGGCCUCUCCCUGGUGGUGGGCUUGGUCCUGUACAUCUCCAGCAUCAACGACGAGGUCAUGAACCGGCCCAGCAGCUCCGAGCAGUACUUCCACUACCGCUACGGCUGGUCCUUCGCCUUCGCCGCCUCCUCCUUCCUCCUCAAAGAGGGGGCCGGCGUGAUGUCCGUGUACCUGUUCACCAAGCGCUACGCGGAGGAGGAGAUGUACCGCCCGCACCCCGCCUUCUACCGGCCGCGCCUCAGCGACUGCUCCGACUACUCGGGCCAGUUCCUGCAGCCCGAGUCCUGGCGCCGCGGCCGCAGCCCCUCCGACAUCUCCAGCGACGUGUCCAUCCAGAUGACGCAGAACUACCCUCCGGCCAUCAAGUACCCGGACCACCUGCACAUCUCCACCUCGCCCUGCUGA